GGGGGGUUUAUUUUUACAAAGUUCUGUACAAAUUUUGAAAGAAAAAAAUAAAAAUUAUUUUUUUUUUUUGUAAUCAACCUUAUAAUACUCUUGAAAAAGUUUAACUAAAUUAUUAGAAAUGAUUCAUUUGAAUGACUUGAAAACUUCAACAGUAUUUUGUUUAUUUUUCGAAGGCAUUGAAUAAAAUAGAAUGAAAUAAAAUUAAAAUAAGUAAUUAUUUCAUAAAAAUUAACAUAAGCCUCUUAUUGAUUAAAAGAAUAAUUAAAAUUUGAAAAUGGAAGAUAAUUUAAGCACAAAAUCUUCAGAUUCAUUAAGCACAAGUGGAGAAUAUGAAAUAGUACCAGAAGCUCCUAUAUUAAAUACAACAACAAUAACAGAUAUAACAAAUAAUAUUGUCUCGAAGGAUUGUUCAGUAUUUCCGAAAAAUGAAAAGAAAACCACAAGAUCUCCAACUCUUAAUAUUGCAAAUAAUGGUGAUUUUUCAGCAUUAGAAAAAGAUAUGAAUGAAGUUAUUAAAGAAUUGGACACGGAAAAGUCAUUAGAAUAUAUCGAGAACAAUUCAAAUUUUGAAUCAUUACUUAAUGGCUCAAUCGAAAUCAUGCCAAUUAUAGAAUCACCAAUUUUAGAUUUAUUUGUUUUAAAGGCUGAAAUAAUGGAUGCAACCAUAGAAGGUUCAAACAAAUUUGAAGCACCACCGAAAAAUACAAAUAAAUCGAUGACAUUACCAUUGGUUGAAUCAAUUUCAAAGGAGAAAACUGAGCCAGUACCAAUUAAGGUAUCUCCUACAGUAUUAUCAAUACAAAAAGUUAUAACUCAAUCAGAUGAAUUAUUAUCACCUAAGAGUGAUUUAUCAACUCCUGACAUUAAUCGUGUUGGUCAUUCAGUUUUUUACGAUUGCAUCGAUACUAGUCCAUUAUCAAUUUUACCUGCAAAUGGUGUCGAAAAGCAAGAUAAACCAGAGAAAUCAGAUUCUGAAGAGGAUUCAUCUAAUUUUGAUCGUGGCUAUACAACAUUCUCUGGAAUAGUACAUUUGGGAGCUGUAAACAUCAAUUCACCAGCUUCUGGUCCAGAAGUUCAAAUGAGAAUAUCAGAAUUAAAUAGUAGCACAACUUCAGCUGGUCAUAUCGUUUCAGUCAGAAUUCCUAAUAAUUCAGACGGGUCUAUUGUUUUGUAUGAUGCUGAAACUGAUGUAAUAGUUUAUAGUUUUGAAAUUCAAAGAAUAGUCUUUUAUACUCAUGGUCCUCCAAAUAGUCCGGAUCAAGCAUGUUUUGCUUUUACAUGGAGUCACGGCGAAUCUUACGAUACAGCAAUGCAUAAAUGUCAUGUUUUUAGAUGUCAUACUCCUGAAGCAAUUACUCAAAUAAGCGCUUGCUUCACAAAAGCAUUUGUUCCACCUGUUAGUUUAACUGGAAGUGUUACAUCGGCUGUAGAUAAUAAUAGUGUUAUGAUGGCAUCUAUAACAUCUGAUCAAAGUGGGAAUCCUUUGAAUACAGCUAGUUAUGAUUUCAUCGUAACCCUUUCAUUUAGUGAAAAAAUAGACAAAAAAACAUACAGUCCUGUAACACGUGAUAAGGGAUGUUUUAAAUUACAUUGUAAUACAGAUAAAGAAGUAACAAUAAUUGUUAAACAAACUCCAUCCGACGUAUUACAGCCAUUAUUCAUUGAACGUUGUUUUGGAGUUUUGUUAAGUCCUGGAAAACUAAUUCGACAAGCUGAUAUGCAACUUUUAGACAUGGUAUCAAUGGGAUAUCAAAGGUCUGAAACCGUUGCAUCCCAAGCACUUUGCCCUUAUCGUAUUAGAGCUGAAUGUAAAGCAAAAGAAAAAGCAUUUAAGCAGUUAAAUUUUGAAUCUUCAAAAACAUUUUUGACCGUCGCUGUUGAUUUAGUUAUUAAAGGAAUACAAGAACCAGUUCGUUUCGUUAUUGAAACAGCUGUUUCAAUACAGCCAUUGCAUGAAAUUCGAAUAAUGGAUCGGUUAAAUAACUUAAUUUCAAAAAGUUCGAUGUCUUUAAGAUUUUAUCUUCAGCUAAAACGAAGCGACGAUGAAUUGUGGGAAGUAAAUUCUAUUGAUCCGUCUGAAGAAAUUAUAGAACAAUCUUCAACCACACACCACGUUGGCGCCUCUACAUUCUUUAACAAUUUAUCAAAAAUAGUUAAAUCUUCAAGUAUAAUGGACGACGUUGAAGAUGAUUGUCCAUCUGAAUGUAGUUCUGACGGUGAUGAACCAUUACUAAGCGGAACUGGAGAAGUAUCAAAAGAUUGUUCUCCAGAUUUAUUACAUGAAUGGAAUCCUGUUCUAAAAGAAUGGGACAAUGAAAAACGUCCAAAAGCAUUAGCGGCCCUUGUAAGAUGUGGUAUCCCUGAAGCACUUCGGGGUAAAAUUUGGCAAAAGCUGGCAAAUGUUGAAAAUAAAGACAUGACUGAUACAUACAGAAUUUUAAUAACCAAAGAAACUAAAUGUGAAGCUAUGAUAACGAAAGAUAUAAAUCGAACUUUUCCAGCACAUAAGUACUUUAGAGAAAAUGGUGGAACUGGGCAAGAUUCAUUAUUCAAAGUAUCAAAAGCAUACGCCGUUUACGAUAUGGAAGUCGGUUAUUGCCAAGGACUAAGCUUCAUUGCAGCGAGCCUUCUCUUACAUAUGCCUGAAGAAGAUUCAUUUUCGGUUCUGGUAUCAAUCAUGUAUGAAUACGGUUUACGUGAGCUCUAUAAACAAGGAUUCGAAACACUUUAUUUGCAUUUGUAUCAGUUAAAUCGCUUAAUUAAAGAUUUACUACCAAAAUUAUACGAACAUUUCGAACGAAAUGGUAUCGAAACUCACAUGUUCGCUUCACAAUGGUUUCUGACAUUGUUCAAUGCAAGAUUUCCUCUCUAUUUUGUAUUCCAUGUUUUGGAUAUAUUUCUUUUAGAUGGCAUGACAAUAUUAUUUCAAGUAGCUAUAACCUUAUUACAAAUUUGUGAAAACGAAUUAAGACAAUUAGAUUUUGAGGGUAUUCUAAAAUAUUUUCGAGUAUCUUUACCCAGAAAAUGUCGUAAAGAACGUGAAGCUGAUCGGGUUUUGAAAAUGGCUUGUGAUCGAAAAAUUAAAAAAUUAAAACAAUAUGAAGAAGAAUUCAUAAUAAGAAAACGAAAUGAAGAACUUCUUGAAAAAGAAGCACAAAUUUAUGAAGCAAAAUUUGGUGAGGAACGUAAAAAAUUUCAUGCAGAAAUUAAAGAUUUGCAAAAAAAAUUUGAUGAUGCAAAUGAAAAAAUUAAUCAAAAUGAAAAACGUCAUUCAAAUAUAGUUGAAGACUAUAAACAAAUAAUAAAUAGGCAAGAACAACAAAUAACCAAAUUAAAUUGUAUGUUGGAGGAUAUUACGAGAACUGUGUCUACAUGUCAGUCUUGUUCAACUUGUAUACAUCAAGGUGAUACAAAAAUUAAUAAAGAUUUUAAAACUGCUUUGGAGGAAAACACUAAAAAAGUUGAAAUGCCAUUAGGUCCCUUAGACCCAUUACACUUAGCUCAACAACGUGUUCGUGAAUUGGAAUUAGAAUUAGCAGCAGUUAAAUUAGCAAAAGUUGAAGCUGAAUGUGAGAAUCAAGAAUUAAAUCACCAAUUAAAUACAACUUUAACUGAAAUGCAAAGUAAUAGAAACAGCUGGCAACCGUGGUUAUCAAAAACUAUUAACACAAUUCAAGAAAAAGUUACGACAACACGACGCGAUACUCCAACAUUCCAGUCAUAUACAAACUCGUCGCAUAAUCAAAACCUCGAUAAUGCAGGAAGUCAGGAUAAGAACUCGACAGCAAAACAACAAAUGGAAGCUUCACCAAAGCUACCAGCAAAAUAUCAACCUCAUAAUAAUAUUCGUAAUAAUAGUGUUGAUUUAAAAAGAGAUCGUCCUAUAUUACAAAGCGCUUUGAGUUUUACCAGUCUUAAAUAACAUAAAAAUUUUAUGAAUCAAGAUAUUCAAAAAAAUUGUUAAACAAAAAUAUUUAUCAUAAAUUUCAUUAUUAAAAAUUUAUAUUCAUACAAAUUUAUUUUAAUAUGUACAUAAUAUGUAAUUUAUGUGCAUAUAAAUGUUUUGUUAUUAAACAUACAAUUUUUCAACUAUGAUCAGAUCUAUAGAAUAUUUCAUAUUUUGGGAAAUGAUCUACAUAUUUGUUUUCUCUUUUGUUUUUAAAUAAAUUAAUUUAUAACAUACUUUACUAUUGACGCCAAUAUCCGAUUACAUCUAUGUAUCUUUUAUUUAAUUAAAUAAUAAAAAUUUCAAAAUUAAAUUUUCUGAUAAUCAAAAAUUUGGAAAGAUAUUUGUUGUAAGUGUUCGGAUACUUGAAUUUUAUAUACAAAAAAGGAUCAAAAAAUUAUUAUACGUUUUGAAAACAAUUUCUCAGAAAAUAUUGUUCUAGAUACGGGCUAAAGUUCGAAUUUUUGCUUCUUAGUUUCGUAAUAUACAAUAAGUAUGUAUAAAGCACGCAGAUUUAGAUUUCCACACAAAUUUGUUUUCUAUUAGAUAUGCGAAUUGCUAUUUGAGAAAUACAUAUAUACAAUAUUAUGUAGAAAAUUAAAGUAAAAACUUUUAUAUAAGAAAAUAUUAAAAAAUUAAAUGAGUACAUAAUGAAUGUAAAUAUUAAGCUUACUACAAAAUAUACCUAACUACAUAUAUAAUAGAUAUUGUUAGAAAAAUUCUUACCAAAUUAAUAAAACGAGUCGCUAGCUUAUUUCAUCUUAUACUUAUUUACUUUAUCUAAAUCAAAAUACUUCAAAUUAUUUUUAGCUGAUUUUUUCUUCUGAAUUUACGGGAAAUUGAAUUGGCCUAACAAGUUAUUUUUAAUAUCAAUUAUGUGUUAAAGUUUAAUUAAUUUAGAAACGCAACUUUAUAUGAACGCGCUCCAGUUUUAAAUAAAAAUCAUUUUCGAGAGAAUAACAAUGGAUUUUAGUUACAAAACACAAAUUUGUACACAGAAUUAACCGAAAAAAUCAAAACCUAAAAACUAAUAUUGCUGUCGAUCUUAAGAGUAAAAAAUAUUUAAAUUAAAGGUGUUCACAAAAUUAAUAAUGGAAAAUUCAACUAUAGCAAAAGAUUAAUGAUGAAUCCAGGAUUUUAAAAAAAAAAUUUAUAUUUUUAAUAAUAGAAAAAUGUUUUAAUUUUUAAAUUAUGAGUUACUUAAAUAUGUUCUUUUAUUCUAUGUUUAUAGAACUGUGCAUUAUUUUUAUUCUUUAAUGUAGUUUAAUUAUUUAAUGGUCUGUUCUACGUUUAAAAACAAAUAAUUAUACGAAUUAUCAUAUCAAUAGUCCUAGAAACUAGUUCUUUUCAUUUUCAAUAUGUCUUAAUUUCGAAAUAUGUUUUAGUUUAAUAUACUUAUAAUAUAAUAUUUUUAAAAAUUUUACCAACAGAGCAAGUAAAACAAAAUAUUAAAAAACAAAAAAUUCAAUUGAACAAAUUCGAACUUAUUUUGAAUUGUCGCUACGCUAAGUUUGAAUUUUUUGUGUAAUUGUCCUACUAGGUAUUUAUAAUAAACAAAAUAAAAUUUUAACUUGUAGAAAAGUAAAUGUAAUUUGUUUUAAAUAAUAUGUAUAAUUUAAUUAUAAUUGCUAUUGCCAUUUUCUUCUUUCAAAUUUGUUAAAAGUAUUGUUUUUAUUAAAAAAUUUUCUACUCACAUAACGGUAUAAAUGAAAUGUGUAAAAUGUGUGUGAGUGAAAUUUUAAAUUUAAAGUUAUUUAUUAUACCCAAAAUUCAUACAUACUUAAAACAUUAAAGUGUAAACAAAAAAAAAAGGAUCACUAAUUAAAAUAAAAAAUUUUAAUUUUGUUCUCUUAAAAAACUCAUAAUAAAAUUCGAAAUUAUCGAAUGAAAAAUAAAUGUAUGAAAAUAAUAAUAAAAAACAAAAAGAUAGGUACAUUAAGAAUUAGUUCAUUUAUUUGAAAAAAAAAAUAUUAAACA